AUGGACAACCUCCGGCAGGAAUCAUUCAAGCAGCUUCGAGCGCCAUGUGUCGAGCUUAGCUCUGUUGGAUUACGUUUCCGAGGAAAUCAGGCUUCCGCCACCGAGGUUUACAAGGUACUUGAACCCGUGCACAACUGUUUGAAGGAACUCGCGGCGAACAACACAUUGGACGAGAAGCUGGCUGAAUACGCAUUCUUCCCACUAUCACACAUAUUUAAUGAGACCCAAAGAUUACCCGCGCGAUGCUUGGAAGCCGCCGUACAUUGUUUGCGGAUAUUGGUUGCAAAUGGAUGGCGGCAACGGCUGUCCCCGGCGAUGGGCAAGCAACUCAUAAUUUUGUUGACGCUUAUCGUGGGGGGAUCUCCGGGUAAAGCAGAAGAGAAGCAAUUGCCAAAACCUAGAGUCUCGGAGGAGCUCUGUAUCGCUGGGUUUGACUGCCUCACUGCCAUCUUCACAGCUUUGAAAGGUCCCACUGCCGAGCGAACAAUUUAUCAUGAGAUCGGCACGGCGACAGUCGUUGAUCAGACGGUAUAUAUCUUGCUUGAAGGAAUAGUCGAUGAUAGAUCUGAUGAGCUCUGUAUAUCGGCCGCCAACGCUUUGCAAGCUCUUUAUGCUCGCGUCACAGACCGCGUGGUGCUCGCCAGCAUCAUGCCCCGGACUGUAUCGGCACUGGCGAAGGUUUUGAGGCCCACGACACAAACCCGCAGAUCAUACAAGCUACUUCAGGUUUCUUUGCAGAUUCUCACAGAGCUUCUAAGAGCUGUGCUUAAUGAUCGGGUGGUUUCGGAAUCUUCCCCACCAGAGCUGGACAGCGACAAAAUGGCAUUGGACGAAUCUUGGUUGAAGGCCACUACAACACAAAUAAAGCUAGCUUUGGCCAAUGUGAUCCAGGUUCGCCGCCAUCAACGACCGGAAGUACAGUCUGCCAUCCUGGAGCUGUGUUUGAUGGUCAUCGAAGAAUGCCAGACUAGUCUUGCAGAUUCACUCCCAAUGAUGGUUGAAACUGUCGUUGUGUUGGCGGAUAAAGAGGAUGAGGGGACCAAUGAGGCAUACCAAAAUGUGACACACCUUGCCACGACGUACCCGUCGGUGCUAGAUUCGUUAAAGGAAUCGCUACAUACAUGGCUCACCUCCUUCCCUCGAAUCAUGCAAGGCAACGACGAAACAGCCAAGCAAUGGGGGCUCCGUCAAAUUUCGACUGUCUUUCAGGUCUUGUCUCAGGUUCAAUCUGGGUCAGAUCUUCUGACCACUAGCCUGGCAUCUGGACUGUGUGAUAGUGUCGGGGCCGUGGUCAAGCAAAGUACCAACGCUCUCCAGCCACUUGCUUCGAUGGACGCAAAUAUCAAUUGGGAGGUGCUCAACAUAGACGGUCGAUCUAAAUCCUUCCCACCAAUCAUCCUUGAACACCAAAGCCAACAGCAGACUCUCAGAGAUCUCCGAUCAAUGAUCACAAGAUUAAAUUUAUCUGAGUCUGGAAAUGAGAUAACUCGCUCAAUUGUCAAUCGCAUGCACACAAUCUCAAGCGAUUCUGCAAUUGCGCCCUUCUGGCUAGCUAUGACUUUCUUGCGGGAUAGCACAACAGCCACGGCUAGCUUCGACGAUUUCAUUUCUCUAGAUGAAGUUGAAGGGUCCAUUUCAUCUGCUCGCGGCGGAAUGAUUGAAGAGCUGUACUACAUCUCGUUGAAUAUUUUGAACGAGCUGCCAUCAGAUGGCUCAGGUGACUGGCGUACAUUAGCACUUGCAUUGGAGUCUGUAGCCUUGCAAGCUCACCAACAGGGAGAAGCUUUCCGACCUGAGCUUAUGGACGCCCUUUAUCCAACUUUGCAGCUACUGGCGUCGCAAAAUCCCAACCUUCAGCGCCAUGCCAUGACCUGCCUCAAUAUCUUGACCAGCGCAUGUAACUACACAGACACCAGCUCUAUGAUUAUAGAAAACGUGGACUACCUUGUGAACUCGGUGUCUUUGAAGCUCAAUACCUUCGACGUAUCACCAUAUCCCCCACAGGUCCUCUUCAUGAUGGUCAAGCUUUGUGGUGCGCGCUUGAUCCCAUAUCUGGAUGAUCUAGUUGACUCGAUCUUUGGUAUCUUGGACCUAUACCACGGCUACCCCAAGCUGGUGGAGACGAUGUUCAAGACCCUCGCCGCAGUUGUGGAAGAGGGUGCCAAAAAACCAUCACUGCUUACAAUCGACGAUGGCAAACACCACUCCCACGAUACCCGCAAAUCGCAAUACCAACACCUCUCUAUCUCAAGCAUAGCGGCCGACAUCGCCAACCGCAAAGCCAAGCGCAUCCAACACGACUCAGAAGACCAAGUAAUCUCCCACCCAAAGAAACCAUGGUCCGAAACCUACGAAAAACCACCCCCAGAGCCCUCAAUCGAAGAACUCCUCAAUCAAGUCGACUCCGACGAACCCCCUCCCCCUCCAAAAGAACCAGAAGACACCGAAAAACCACUCAGCAAAACCCACAUUCUCCUCCUCCACAUCGUCAAGUCAAUCCCCUCCCACCUAAGCUCCCCAUCACCCUACCUCCGCCGGUCCCUCCUCUCAAUCCUAAUCGACAUCCUUCCCGCCCUCUCCAAAAACGAAACCACUUUCCUACCCCUAAUCAACGACCUCUGGCCAACAGUCGCCAGCCGCAUCAUCUUCCCCUCUUCCCAACCAACCAAGCUCUCAACAAACCUCUCCAACCAAGAAGACCCCCAACCAGACCACCAAGAAGAAACCUUCGUCACAGUAACCGCCAUCUCCGCAAUCGAAAGCAUGUGCAAAGGCGCCGGCGAUUUCAUGUCCACACGCAUCGAAGCUGACUUCCCGCGCUGGGAAAGACUGUACCGGCGCGUGUGGGGGAAAGUGCGACAAGACGCGGAAGCCGCGAACAAGCGGCGCGCGCGCUCCGCGCCGCUACUGCAGGACGAGCCAGAAUUAAGGCUGCAGAUGGCUGUUUCGUCGUCGUUGGCAUUGGCGCCUUCGACGCCGGGCUCGAAAUUCUUCACGUCGCAUCAUCGGCUGUGGCGGGCUUUAGUAUCGUUGUUCAUGACGGUUUUGGAGCACGUGCGGCUGCCUUUUGAGAUUGGGGAUCGGAUUUGUGAGGUGCUUUGUGAUUGGGUUGUUUUGUUUGUUGGGCCUGAGUAUUAUUUCUUGCCUGGGAGGGUGGCGGCUUUGGGGGGCGUUGGGGGUGAGGUUGAGGAUGCUAUUCGGGCUAUGGAGGGAUGGAAUGGGGAUUUGACGUGGUUUGUUUUUAUGAGGCAUCGUGUUGGAGUAGGUGCUGGGAAGUGUGGUGAUGUGAAGGGUGAAGAGUUUAGACUUGCCGAAGUGGUGUUUUAG